AUGGAUCUUGAUAAUAUUAUCAAAAUUGGAAACCAUAUUACUGUAUUCGCUCCAACAGACGAUUCAAUUACUAAAAAUCUUAAGCAUUAUGAGAGAGAGUUCCUUACCGGUAAUUGUGGUGGUGGUUACCGGGAUCUGGAUCGCCUUAUUAAACAUCAUUUACAUUAUGAGGAGGUCUUGUAUACGACAAAUUUUACUCGCGAAAAAUCAAAGGUGGUAACCCCUCAAGGUGAACCCCUUGAAGUUGUACGUGAUGAUAAUGAUGUUAUUCAUGUUGCAAAUGGCUUGAUCACCUAUAAAGAUUUGUUAGCGCAUAAUGGUGUCAUUCAUGUAAUUAGUAACAUCUCGGUUCCUAAUGCAAUUUCUUUCAAUGCGCACAAAUACCUUUGUGGGUUGAGAGCCACCAAAUUUGUUUCUGCACUUAUCAAAUAUCGUUUACAUCAUUAUAUCGAAGAUUUAGAGACUCCUUAUACAAUUCUUGCCCCACAAGAUGAUUACUAUGACGGCAGUAUUUUUGAGAAUUUGGGAUCCGAUACUUUGAAAUACCAUAUUCUGCCCGGAAAAUAUAAAAUUCACGACUUUAAAGAUAAAAUGCUUGUCAAAACCGAAUUGAUAACUGAAGAACUGAGGAACAAGAGUCAAAGAAUCAGUGUCUCUGUUAAAUCAACAUGGGCCAAUGAACAAAAAAGAGAUAUCCUUCUUGCAUUCAAUGAUGUUUAUGUUAUCGGGGAUCCAGUGGAGGUUGGCAAUUCCAUAAUUUAUAUGUUGUCAAAAACUUUGAAAACUCCUGUUGAUAUUAUAAGUAGUGCCAUGCGUAAUAGACAGCUUAGUAACUUUGUUUCGGCUAUUUAUGCAAGUGAUAUGUUAUCAACCGUUGAAUCAAGCAAAGGUGUCACGGUGUUUGCUCCAACUAAUCUCGCUUUUAGCAAUCUUGAUCUUCUCAUUCCCUACUUUUUGAGCCCUUAUGGUAAAGAUGAUUUGCGUGAAGUUGUCAUGUUUCAUAUGUUGAAUGAUACUGUGUAUACUGAAGAUAUUCCCCAAGGAGAAUCACAAUAUACUGCGAUUGAUGGUUCCCCGUUGAACAUUACGCGUAAUGAAGAUCAUAUUAAAGUUAAGAUCGAAAAUGGUACUGCAGAAGUUACUCAGAGAGAUAUUCUUACUUCAACGGGUGUCAUGCAUGUAGUCGACGCUGUACAAUUGCCACCAACAUUACACAUCACAGUGGGUAAAAUUCUCAACGGGAUUGGUGCUACUAGCAUGUUGGAAGUUUUCAAGAUUUCAAAUCUAUCAGAAAUUCUUAGUGAUCCAGUAGAACCAUUCACUAUUUUUUCACCCACUAAUGAUGCGUUUAGAAAAAUUAAUAUUACGAAAUUAAUGAAUGAUCCAGAUAGAGUCUCCCGCUUAAUCAGAUUACAUGUUAUACCGCACAAUGUUGGCAAUCUAAGGGAAGGUAAAGAACUUAAUACUAUGUUAUCUGAUGACGCGAAACUAGUUGUAAGGAAAGAUAUCAUAUUUGGUGGUUACAAAAUAGAAGUUAAGGGUGGUUUCUUUGAGGAUAGUGCUAGGAUACUUGGCAAAGGUGUAGCUUGGAAUGGUGGUGCGGUAUACGAAGUUGAUAAAGUAUUGAAGCCAGAACGUACUUUUCCGCAUAUUGGACGUCUGUUCUUUUUCGUUGUUUUAGGAUUAGUGGCAUCUAUAAUUCUAUGCACAUUGGGUGGUUAUAUCUGGCACCACUUGUAUCUUUAUCGAAGACGUGUUGGAUAUACACCAAUCGGUCCAACUGAAUAA